AUGAUAGCGAUUACGAUCCUUCAAUUAUGGUUCUAUGUUUUGAUCUUUGACUAUCAAUUAGCAGAACAUGCAGUUAAACUUGUACACCCAGAACCCGACUCUGUUUCGGUAGAAAUAUCGUACAACCAACCAGAACUAUCACCAUGUGCCGAAUGGAAUGCUUCGGGAAUUACAUUAGUCAGUGAAGUAACACAUGGUUGGAGCCCAGUAACUAUUUUUAUCGAUAGAGAUAAUACGAUCUACGCCAUUGCAUUUAACAAAGAUUAUAUUUACCAAUGGAAUGAAGACAGUGUUAAUAUAAGUAGAAGAAAUUUCCAUAAUUUGAUCGGACCUUUAGAUCUCUUUAUUACAUCAGCUGACAAUUUCUAUUUCAUGACUGGUUAUUCAAAUGCUCGAAUAACUAAAUGGAAUCCAAAUACAUUUGAUACUGUACCCAUCGUGCAUUUUUGCGAACGAUGUUUCGAUAUAUUUAUCGCUAUCAACAAUGUACUUUAUUGUUCCAUGGAAGAUCGACAUCAAAUUGCAACAAAAGCAUUAUAUGAGAAUUCAUCCACGAUCGAUAUUGUUNGACGUUUCUCUUUUUACUAUUUCGGUAUUUACGUUCAAAUUCUGAUCCUACCAAUUUUCAUCGUGGCCACUCUCAUUCAUGAACCUAUGCAUCGACAUAUAUUUGAAUACACUAAUGAGAUCUACGGAUCGGAUGAGAAUCGAAAUCAAACAAACGAAACCAUAAGAUACGAAACAGAAAAAUAUGUGUUAUGUGUUGUAACUUAUCCAAGUUUUGUACAGAAUUACAAUACAAUUAUUCUGUUUCUUCAUCUGAUUGUUCCAUUUCUCGCUAAUCUUUGUUCUACUUUAUAUAUUAUUUUUGGAAAUGCUCGUCGAAGAUCAACAAUUCAAACUAAACAAACAUUUCAAGAACUCGUCCUUAAACAAAUCGACGAGCACAAACAACUGAUCGUCAGUCCGUUGAUUCUUCUAGUUUUAUCAUUACCUCGUCUGAUCAUUUCAUUAAUAUCCGGAUGUAUAGAUGCAUCGAACAAUCCUUCAUUAUAUCUUUGUGCUUACUUCAUUUCAUUUACUCCAUCAAUGCUUAUUUUCAUUGUAUUUGUACUUCCUUCUGAUUUGUACAUGAAAACAUUCAAAGACUCGCUGCGGAAAUACAGACCGCGUUCUCAUCGAUGA